AUGGAUUCUCAAGGAGCUCUAUACGACUAUGGAAAAUUCAAACAUCUAUCACCUUUGGUUCCUAAAAACAAAUAUGGUUUACUGGCUGCUACUAUUGCAGUUGCCAUCAUUGAACCAUCUACCUUGGGCAUGGAAUCGUCAAUUAUGGGAUCUAUCAACUCUUUGGAACAAUACACCGCUUACUUCAACCUCACUGACAAAACUAUCAAUUUGAACACGGCUUCUAUUUGGAUUGGAAUGCUUCUCGCUGUCCCAUUUAUUCGUAGGAUCACGGAUGGUUUUGGGAGAAAAUGGGCUAUCAUGAUAGCUAUUGGCAUCAUGGCAAUUGGUGUCAUUUUAUCUUCUGCUUCCAUUAAUAUCGCAAUGUUCAUUGUUGGAAGAAUCUUCUUGGGUUUGUCUUCCAGUAUCAUUUUCUCCGCAGCCUCUAUUUUGGUGUCCGAGAUAUGUCCUCCAGAUAUUAGAGGUGUUGUGCUUGGCCUUUUUCAUGCCUGCUACUAUAUUGGAUCGCUAGUGGCUGCAGGUGUUACGUAUGCGACCCGUGAUAUUCAAAGUAAUUGGAGUUGGAGAAUUCCUACAAUUACUCAAGGAGUUCCAACUGUUUUAUGUGGUCUCCUACUGAUCUUCUGUCCAGAAUCUCCUAGAUGGCUUAUGUUGAAAGGUAAAGUUGAUGAAGCAAGAGAGAUCUUCUAUGUCAUGGCAGAUAGAGAUGCAGCUGCUGCAGAAGUUCUGAUUGAAGAAGUGAAUUCUGGCAUCAUCGAAGAAUCGAAGUUUGCAAACGGGCUUGGUCUAUGGAAAAGACAGUGGCAAAAACCGUCAAACUUGAGAAGAGCUUUUAUUGUCAUUAGUUUGAGUAUGAUGUCCGAACUCGGAGGUUCCACCAUUGCAACCUAUUAUUUUACAAUUUUGCUCAAGCAAGUUGGUGUUACUGAUACCAAAACCCAGUUGGAAGUCCAAAUUAUUCGUUCUGCAUGGUGUUUUGUUGUUGCUUGUAUUGGCUCUUAUACGUUUGAUAUAUUUGGCCGGAAAAACCAAGCCAUGAUCGCCACUUUCUUCAUGGCACUGUCGCUACUGAUUCUUGGAGGUCUUGUGAAAAAAUACAACGAAGAUCUUGAUAAAUCUACCGGGUAUGGUGCAAUUGCUAUGAUGUUUCUGUUCUCGGGUUUCUAUUCAGUGGUUUGCACUCCUUUGACAUCUCUUUAUCCGCCUGAGAUUUAUCCUAAUAGUACAAGAGUUAUCGGAAAUUCGAUUUUCAUGAUCAGCGCUUAUGGUGGAGGACUCUUCUCAACUUUCGUGUUUUCCAUUGGAAUGAGUAAUAUUGGCUGGAAAUUUUACAUGAUUGUUGGAGGUUAUGACAUGAUUUUCAUCCCUAUAAUUUACUAUGUUUGGGUGGAAACAAAAGGACUUACUUUGGAGAAGAUCAGUGAGCUGUUUGGUGAUGAACUUUCGACAAGUGAAGCUGACGAGACUACAACUGAAUCGAAUCCUAAACUAGAAUCCGUUGUUGUGACUUACUCGGGUGUUCAGGGUGUUCAGUGA